AUGGACGCAAAACACAAAUCGAAGAUGAAGAAGUUCACUCUAAAGGGGGUGCUUGAUGGCAUAAGGUCAUCUGUGAGUGCACCCCCGAAAUUUGAGAAUGAAGUCGAGGAGACAUUGAGAACGGACCACUUUCAAGUUUGCAAGACCGUUCGUCAUGGGUUUCCUUAUCAACCUACUGCGGUUGCAUUUGAUCCUGUUCAACAUCUUUUAGCGAUCGGAACGAAGACAGGUUCUUUGCGGAUAUUGGGACGACCAGGUGUGGACAUCCAUUGUAGUCAGGAUGGAGAUAUAGCCAUUACACAGAUACUCUUCCUUGUCAAUGAGGGUGCACUUGUUACAGUGUGUAACGAUGAUAGUCUGCAUUUGUGGAACUUUCGCCAGAAGCGACCAGAAAUUGUGCAUACCCUCAAGUUUCAAAGAGAGAGGAUUACCUAUUGCCACCUGCCAUUCCAGAGCAAGUGGCUGUACAUUGGGACAGAGCGAGGAAAUGUACACAUCGCCAACAUAGAGUCCUUCGUCCUGUCUGGCUAUGUCAUCAACUGGAACAAAGCCAUUGAGCUGUCAAGGAAGACUCACCCUGGCACAGUGGUACACUUGAGUGAUAGCCCUGUAGACCCUAACAAGCUUUUGAUUGGAUUUGAGACUGGUGCUAUUGUGUUAUGGGAUCUCAAAACUAAGAGUGCAGAAUGUCGCUACACCGCCCCUGAGGCCCUGCGGUCCAUAUCCUGGCACCAUGAGGGAAAGCAGUUUAUGUGCAGUCACACAGAUGGUAGUCUCACUACGUACAACCUGAAAUGUGCCAGCAAACCUGUCAGUCUAAUGAUGCCCCAUGCCAAAAUUGGCAAAGAAGGAAAACCUGACCCAUGUAAGCCUAUCAAUAAAGUAGAAUGGAAGUCGGCCAGAAAUGGUGACCUGUUAGUGAUAUUUUCUGGUGGUAUGUCCUACGACAGAGCAGGGCGCACACCUAGUAUAACUGUAAUGAAUGGCAAGAGUACCACAGUCCUGGAAAUGGAACACAAUGUGGUCGACUUUGUGGUGCUUUGUGAAACACCGUGGCACAACGAUUUCCAGGAGCCAUAUGCCAUAGUGGUACUACUACAGAAUGACUUGGUAGUGGUAGAUCUCACCAGUCCUGGGUACCCCUGUUUUGAAAAUCCAUACCCUAUGGACCUACACGAAUCACCAGUGACAGCGUGCCAAUACUAUGCUGACUGUCCCCCUGAUCUCAUACCUGCAUUUUACUCAGUAGGCUCAAAACACAAACGCACUGGAUUCAGUGAAAAGAACUGGCCGGUGAAAGGAGGCGAGUGGGGGACCACAACAUGUAGUUAUCCAGAAAUACUUAUCACAGGGCAUGCUGAUGGUUCUAUGAAGUUCUGGGAUGCUUCCUCAGUGACAUUACAAGUGUUAUACAAGUUAAAAACUGCCAAAAUAUUUGAAAAACCAAAAUUCAAGCAGACAGAAGGACAAGAUGAUGACCCAUUCGCAAUCUAUUUGAUUCACCUGUGCCAGGAGAGUCGGAUGUUGUGUGUGGCUGGGGCUACUCAUGUGAUUCUCUUCAAGUACUCAAAACAGGAAAUCACAGUUGAUGUUGUAGGUUUAGAUAUCUCCAUUAUAUACGAGGUGUAUGAUGACCUAGAUUCUCCCGACUACUGCGAUUACCCCAAACCAAGUUUGGCGGUGGUGAGCCAGCAACAACACAGUGGUAGUAUGGGUUCCUACUCGAGUAAUACAUCUGACAGCGUUAAAGUAAGUAGCAAAAUAGAGACGGGAACGUCAUUAAAGGUGCGGCCGGGCAGCAAGAAGUACAGUGCAGGCUUUUACCCUGAUCUUGUGUGUCUGCUCAACUGGCUGGACAACGAACACCCAGGCAACAUCACAAAUAUUUCCAUGAAUUCUUCCUAUGGUUUACUUGCAUUUGGUAACGAAUCUGGGCUUGCAAUAAUAGAUUAUCUACAGAAAACAUGUUUGCUAAAUUUGGGGACACCUGAUUUAUAUGGGUCAAUGGAUCCUUAUCAGCGGGCUCCUCGGUCCCCAAGGGGCAAAAAGUUUCCCCAGCCAAAUACGGAUGGAUCAGGAACAGAAGAUGGGUGUCGCUCCCCCAUCAAUGACCAAUCUAGCCCCCCCUCCAGCCCAAACCCCAACCUAUCAAGAAAGAAAAUACACUCCCAUUCCGAUGUUGGUCUCACUGCCAUACAGGAGAGUACUACUCAGGAUAGCGCUUACAAAGAAACUCAAUUUAUCGUUAAAGACAUUAAUUGUGCAGAGGAAGCUACAAUGGCAGAAGAUCUGGACAAUAAUAACAAAGAGAUGCGCACAAACAUGCAGGACCAAUCAAUGCUACAGGAAAUAGAAAAUAUAGCUGAUGAACCAGUCCCAACUAGGCCCCCAAGACAUCGUAGGAUUUCUAUGCCAGACUCGAAACAACACCUGCAUUUCUCCUUGUUAAAUCCACAUAAGUCAAAUUCAGAGAAUACACUAAAGAUUGUGCAGAAACAACCAGCUUGCAAAACGCUGUCCGACCCAAGUCGUAUCCGUCAUGCAUUUGAACUAUCGCAAAAUCAGGACAAUAUUCCACUGAAUCGGGAAAGGUCAUGCUCUGACCCUGAAGUAGAAACAACAUCCUCUGUUGAAGUUCAAAAAGACCAUCACAGACAUCGAAAACUUUCAAUGAAAGGAUUUAAAUUUUCACGAAAGAAAUCAAAAGUCAAACCCCCAAAUUUGACCGAUCUGUCAUUGACAAAUGAAGAAAUUGACCCCCAUCUCAAUCACUCAGGAGAUGAAGGCAUUGAAAAUGGGGGUGCGAAAGAGGAUGUUGAUUCUCAUGGUGAUACAUAUGAUGUUGACCCUAGUGUUCACUCUGGGGGCUUCCUACGUAGGAUGAGUGUUAAAGUCAAAUCCAUAGUGCUGGGCAAGGAGAAUGAGGAGAGGACUCAUCCUAAGAUUGAGGUCAUUGACCUGUCAGAUGAUAAAGGAAAGACCGUCAUUCGUCAGAUGUCUGUUCAAGAAAUAUGUCAUGGAGGCGGGAUUGAUAAAUCUGACGGGGCAUCCUUUUCAAGGUCUCGGAGUUCUAGCAUGUCAAGUCUAGAAAAUGUUUCAAGGGAGGCUAUCCAGUCUUUAGUGUUUGCAGAUUCCUAUGCUAGAAAAACAGAUAAUUUUACAAGUCCGUGUCUAUGGGUAGGAACCAGUUUAGGUUCAGUUAUAGUGAUAGUGUUAAAUCUACCUCUACAAGGGGACCAGAGAGGCACACAACCUGUCAUAGUGUCCCCCAGUGGUACGUUAAUCCGACUGAAGGGUUCAGUAUUAACCAUGUCUUUCCUGGAUUGUAUGGGUACUUUGAUCCCCACACAGUUUGAACAGUGGCAGGAGAAGAAGGAAAGCAAGGACAAAGAGAAACGAGAUAGAAAUCCAACACCUACCACUCCAAAGCCAAGAAUCUCUCCAUCCCCGUCAACAGAAAUCAGUGAUAAACAAUAUGCCAUAAUCUGCUCAGAAAAACAAGCAAGGGUAGUGUCCCUGCCUUCUCAAACCUGUCCAUAUAAGACACGAAUAACAGAUGCUUCCUUUGUGGUGAGGGCAGAUGUGGUUUCAUUACGUGAUAGUGUAUGUUUAGCAUGUUAUAUAGCCAAUGGUCAUAUAACAGUGUUCAGUCUACCCAGCCUUAAGCCUCUACUUGACAUGGAUUUCCUGCCACUUACCGAUCUCCGGAUAGCCCGAACAUUUGGCUUCAGUAGUAAUGGCCAUGCUUGUUAUUUGUGCUCACCAACAGAGAUCCAGAAACUGUCCUUUUCUGCUGAUAUAAGUGAUAAUCUGAAUGAAAUGUUGGCUGAUUUGUUUUUACCAUGUGAGACCCCUGAAGCUCCAAAACAGGGCUUUUUAAAGAGUUUGUUUGGAGGAGGGACAUCCACACUGGACAGAGAGGAAUUAUUUGGAGAGAUGAGUGGGAAGGGCCCACGGGGACUGGCAACACGGUUACCAGGGACUGGGGGCAUGCAGCAUCUACAAACACAGACCACAAGUGCCACAGGAGAGGUUGGACGGGCACACAAGGCCUUCAUUGAGCGUGGUGAGAAGUUGUCAGAUCUUGGUGAGCGGACAGAACAGAUGGCAUUGCAAGCAGAGAGCUAUGCUACUGCUUCGCAUCAACUCAUGUUAAAAUAUAAAGACAAGAAGUGGUACCAGUUCUAGCACUGUCUCACCUACUCCCCACCUCAAGGGGAGACAACUCACUGGAAACAGAUCUCACUAUUGUCAGCCAAAUGUUACUGUACCAAUCAGUUUAAGAUGAGGAUGUUCUUUGGACAAUUUAGUCAUCAUCUGUUCAGUCCAUAUUUCUACCUGACCUAAAAUGAUAAUACCUAGAUUUUUGAGGUACAGAUUAUCAAUAGCUGGAAGGGCAUUAUCUGGUACUUGAAAGUGACUCCCGAGAAUGUGUUUGGAUCGGUGUUGCUUUACUGUACAAGACUCGUGUUCUUUCAGAUUUGGUGGUCUGGGUUGAACAGUUGGUGGUUAAGAUGACCAAAAAUUCCAAGAUGGAAUUGAUUUUAAUGUUAAAAGUUUUGUGUAGUCAAAGUAACUUGACUUGAUUCAGAUGGAGGCUGUUGUUUAGAAGUGGGUGACCUCUCCUCUAAAGUUGAGGCAACCUUUGCCUUCUUGGCCAAGGAAUAAUCACUAUUGAUAAUAAAAGUGUGAUUGCCUGAAAAUUUAGGCAGAUGUAUUCAUACCAACUCCAAAGAAGUUGAUAACGGAGCUGGACUUGAUCUACAAACCACUGCAUAGAAGACAGAUGGGAUAAAUAGUCCCUUGAUUUGGAGGGCAGGGCAUGGUCACUUUUGAGAAUCUGUAGAAAAGGUAUAUUUACCAAUCAGAGAAUGUUGUAUUUUAUGAAUGAUUUGCUAGAAAUAUCUUGAAUGAGUGGAAAGUUAGGAAUGAGGAUUUGCCUGAGGUGGUGCUGAUGUUACAGUAUGUUGGACAUAAAUGGACAUAAAUAGAAUUACAAAGGUCAAAGCAUGAUAGAGAGAUAUAUUGUUAGUUGCUGUAGGGUUUUUGUCAAAACCUGGAGCUAUCAGGUAUUGUGACCCCAGAAGCCUACAGAGUAGGUCUGUGAUAGUUUUAACUUAGUUGUUGAAGGGACCAAGUGUGUAUCUUUGAAUUGUUGGGCCUUAGUUUUGUCAAAAUAUAUAAUUUUGUUGAAUAUUCUUAUUGUGAUGAAAGAUAGCAAUAUUUAUUUGAAAGUUUAUUUUUUGCCCCAGAAAUGGCACUAUCCAUACAUUUUCUUUCUGUUCAAUUACCUGCAUAUAUAAUUGUUAAUGACAAAUGUUGCUUGCUUUUAUAUUUAAUAGUCAUUCCAUAGUGCAAUUCAACAGCAAUCACCUAAUUCCUUGGCUAGAAAUUAAUUUAUAAAGAAAAAUGGGAGAACAUGCAAUCUAUUGACUGAUUUGCUUGAUAUAUGUAUUCCACAUCAGUUGUUAUAUUUCUGAUUUUUAUAUAUCUAUAUGAAGGAAAAAGACAAGAGAUGUAAAGUAGUGUUGUUUUUCUGUUUUAUAAAGCCCGUGUUAUGUAUGUAAACUGUAUAAGUAACUCAGAUUUGUUACUUGCUAUGUUCUGUAAAAUUUUACCUGUACUCCAAUUACAAAUGUUUUCUGGGCUCUUUUUUUUUGGUUUUUUUUUUUUUUUUUGUUGGUUUUUUUUCAACUAAAAUUGUUAUUGUUUGAAAAUGGAUCCUUUUCCCUAUUUAAG